AAGUCGUGCAAUCGGGCAGUCAUUCGAAAUUAGUUCGUUUGUGUGUAUCAUCCGGGACGGUCGUGCCGUCGAAGUCGAAAAUGAGCAUGUUAAAAUUUGCGGAAGAAUUUACGCGUUUAAUCAUUCGUUAUAAGAGAACUUCUUCACCAAUUAUUCAAAAAGAUUCAUCGAAUAUUGUUACGCCUUUAACCGAUGAACAAAUAAUUUAUGCCAUACGUCAUGUCUUUAAUGCAAUCUCAAUAAAGGGUUUUGAGGAAGAAAACGAUAAUAAUUUAUUAGAAACAGUAACAACAGCAAUGGAUACAUUCGCUGCAUCGACUCCAGAAGCUUCAAUCACAGACAAAAUCAAAUACGAAUUAAAAAUUAACGAUACAAACAGAUCUCAAGAUAAUCAAUCUGCUGUUGAAAAUAAUGAUCUCUCUAGUGUGGAAGUUCCAUUAAAAGCUAUUAAAAAAGAAGCAGAUGAUAAUUCUUUCAGUAAAUUGCAAAAUGAAAAGAAGUAUAUUUCACGAUCAAAUCCUGCGAUCUUUGUGGGCAACAUUAGCAGAUCUGAUACUUUUGUUCGCGAAGAAGUCAACGAAGUCAAUGAAGAUCGAGAAGAAGUUUUCGAGGAUUCCACAAAAGCUGAAACAGAUUUAUCACGAAAUUUUUUUCUGCAAUUGAGCGAAAUACAGAAGUCUGUUAUGGAUGUCGUGACGAAGUUGAAUAAUUUAGAACGUUUAUUCUUGCAAUCAACAAAAUCGUCCAAACAAAGUACGGCAAAAAUACUGCAGUCACCCAGUCACAACAAUAGUCAAUUCAGUUCCCAUCGUACACCAAACAUGAACAAAACAAAAAUAUCUAACAAUAUUCGCAGGUCAAGUACUGCGUUUUCUGUAACACCAAGAUUUUCUCGCAGAUUACUUUCAUUAGAUAAUGGGAGUAUUUCUGAGAGACGUAAAAGUACCGGCCAAAUCGGAUCUAAUGAUGUAACUGUUGGAAAAUCCAUAAAAAUGGAUUUUAAUGCAUCACCACGUUCUUCCUCUGACUAUCAACCUAAGUUUACGAAAAAUCCGAAAUACGCUCAUGUACAAAGUACUAUACCAAAAGUACUCAGUAAAAAGAAAAAGCUGCAAUAGUGAGAUUAUUUUAGGAUGAAAAAUUAUACGAUAAAUAAGUUAUUUAUUUUACAGUCAUUAUGAUCACUCAUUUCCGCAGUCAAUGAAAUUAUAAAAAAAAAUAUGGCAAAAAUAUUACGGUUAUUUAUAAACAAUCGCUUUAGUUUAUUGGGCACCAAACAUAGACAAAAUAAAAAUAUCUAUUAAUAUUCGCAGCUUAUUAUCUACAAUGUUAAUAUUUUUGUAAAUUGCUAAUAGUUAAUGAAAAUAUCUUGUGAUGUGAAAGUAUCAAUGGAAUCGGAUCUACAGUUGAAAAAUCUGACAAAAGUGAGUUAUAAUGCAUCAUUAUAUUUUUUCUCUGAAUAUCAACUUAAUUUGCAAAAAA